CGUCCCCUCCCUCUCUCAUUCCUAUUCCCGAAAUUCCAUUUCCUUCCCUUUCCUUGUUAGAGAAACACUAAACAUCAAGAGUUUUCUUGAGUAUGUUUAUGUUUCACCCAGCAGUUUAAAGAAAUAGGAAAUAAAUACCUGUCCUCACUUUGAUAGAGCAGGGGAUGAAAAAUCACCACCAUCCACACCUGGGAAUGAACCCUGUGCCUAGUCCCUGCUUCUUCACCCUAGAGGUGACUCAGUAGGUGCGUCUAGUCUAACCGAGACGAGUACGAUGAAUAAUAAGGAGGAUAAUUAAGCCGUAGAGAACAGAACAAAGUGUUUUUGUAUAGUGAUUUCCAGUAGAUUGGGGACCCCCGACUAUAUAGGGUUGAGAGAGAAACUAAAUCUGAGGACUUGAUCUCCAAAGUGGGAGUUGACUCUUUCCAUUUGGAAUUCCUGCCAGUUUUAAUACCACAGGCUAAAGUUUGCAAACUGUGAUACCUUCAGACUGCCCCCAAGAAACGAACUUUCCAUUGUCUAAGGGCUUACAUUGCCAUCAUCCCAAAGGUCGACCUCAAUCACCAUCGCUCUUUGGGGUAGACUGGACUGAGCUCAGUUGUUUCUGGCAUAUCCUGUCUCAAGUCCCUUCUAAAGCAGUUUGCUGCUGGGGCCUCUUGAGAAAAAUAGGGUAAGUCCAGAUGUGGAAUUGUGAGCUCCUGAGAUACCAUGACUUAAGUGGCCUUUGCUUUGAGAAGGUUGUGCCUUUUGCAGUAAUUAUGCUGUAUUGUCUAAUAGAAAUUGUUCUCAACCCUUGAAAAACAACAAAAAAUAAUGGUGCCAUCCUUCCUAUGGUGUUAGUGUUUUAAAAGCUUCUUAUGAUCACUGCUUUGAUUCUCACCCAAACCCCAUGUAAUUGGCAGGAGGUGUUAUUAAUCCCAUUUUACAAAAAGAAGGAACUAAGCUUCCAAAUUUGAGAGGAUGAGAUUGCAAAGAGUUACACAGCCAACAUACAGGGAUUUGGGCACACCUGAAAGCCUCUCUUGAGUCUCUUGUGCUCUCACAAUUUUUUCAGGAUGGAAAGGCAAGAUGGGCAGUCUUAGGUCUGAUGAGUAAGAACAAUUAUGAAAGAUCACCCCAUAAAAUACUUUUUCAUAAGCAGAAGUCAGACAGAAGAGGUAUGCCACUGAAGGAAGGACCUUUUUCACUGUAUUCCUAGAGGGGGGUUCAGAAAAUGUAGAACCAGUCAUCUAUAAAUAUCCCUCAGCUGGAGCAUAACGAAGUUCCUCAAUCCAUGGGGAAAAUUCCACUGGGGUGCACUGUUGGUCUAGAGAAAUUUCUGCAGAAAUCCCCUCAGGAUGGGACAGCUUAGGCCCAUGGGGUUUCUCCCCUGCUUUCCACUGACUUAACACACCUGGUCCCCUUUCCCCAGACUCUUACCAAGAUGAGUGUUUAUUGAUGUCUCAAAACAAGAGCCUCUAAUUUCUUGGGAUCUAAGAAUUUCCCGAUUCUGACAACCUACCAAGGAGAGCAUCUAAGAAAGAACAAGGCAUAGAACAAACCUGACUCCUCAUUCAACCCCCAUAGACUCCAUGAAUCAGAGGACUUUCUUCACCAGGCAGUCCAUCCCAGCCAUGCUCAGUUGGUUGCAGACACAGCAAUGCAGCAGAGUUGACCAGACAUCUCCUACAUCAUUUCAAUCAGAAGGUACACAACAGUCUGAGGGUUGACGCAAUAAGACAGAACAACAAAUACAAGAGAUGAACUCUUCUGUAAAGAUACUCAAGUAGUGAGGGGUUGGGAAAGGGAGGAAAGUGAGGCCAAUAACCCAUGACAGAAUAUCAAGGAGUUAGCAAGACUGUGAUUCACAUAUUGGUUGACUGUUCACUUAUUUUUGAGUAUCUUCUUUGUAUGAGGUGCUAUUUUUGGUUCCAGGAACGGAGUGGUGAACAAGGUAAAUUCCAUGCCCUCCUGAAACCUUCACUCCGGUGAAUGGAGACAAACCAUGAUCAUGUAUGAUCAAGUAAAUAAAUUCAGAGACAGCCAGUGCUAAGAAGAGAGAAGAGAUAGCUUGAGGGCUGAGGAAUACUGCAGUGGUGCUACUUUACAGCUUGGAAGGCCAGGAAGGCCUCAGUCGGGGUGAUGUCAGGAAGGCCAAGACGCAAUCCAGACAGGGAGAAGAGCAAAGGCCAAGAUCAGGAGGCAGGAAUGAGUUUGUAGUGUUUUAAGGAUGGAAUAAAGGCCAGUGGCAUUGGGAAGAUAAUAGUAUGAGAUGAGAUUAGAGAGGGAGGGUGGUGCCAUGGUAAGAAGUGUGGGUUUUAGUCCUAUAUUGGGAAGCCAUUGGAAGAUUUUAAGCGGGGAAAUGUCAUCAUUAGUUCUUAGUUUAAAAGAUGUCCAUGGUGUUUGGAUGGAGAACAUUCUCAGGAGGAAAGAGUAGAAGUGGAAGUAUGAAGUGAGAACUUCUCUGACUCUUGCUCUGACAUUGGAAUGUCCCUCAUAGGACACCAUAGCAGAACACAGCAGACUAAGUUGUCCCUAGAAACAAGAAAUAAGGAUUUGGCCUCAAGGCUAUUUUUCCACCUUGGUUCCAGACAAGUAAACAGCAGCAGACCUUAGCUUCAUCCUGGAGAGAGAGGCACAUAAUUGUUUGAAAUAAUUUUAUUCUUUUCAUUUCCCUUCAAGUUGGUGAAGCUAGUAUGGUAUGUAAUCUCCCAUACGCACUGCACCAAUUGCUGCAAAAGGCCUGCUUCUACAAAGCCACGCCAGUGUGACAAGGGCCUCGCUUCCUUCUCUUCCCUCCUCCCCCAACGUCAGCUUCUUCAUCUCACAAAGGCCCUUGGCUAUGUGACAAUCAGAAUUGCCCAAAUAUUGUUCUUCUUGAUUAAAAGGCCAUAGAACAGAGGGCAGGAUGCAGAUGUGUGUGGGGGGUAAGGGGGUGAUUAGAAUAAAAUGAAUUAUUGAAAAUAAACCUCCCCAUGUAAGUCAGGCAAGUGAGGAAAUUGGAGAAGAUAUGUUUUGGUUGCAAAGAAACUUUAAUUGGAAGAAACUAGGAUUAUUAAUAACACACUGGGCGGACUCCCAUGCCUUCAAACAGACAUUGCUUGUUUGCCUGUCUAAGUUGGAGAAGACAGCUGACCCACAUACUCAUCUGUCCAAACCUGUUAGUCGAAGGAAUUAAUAAUUCACCCUGGAAUGAUGGAUUCCGUGAGGACAGAGCUCAUGACGAUCACUGGCCCUUCCCCACAGCUUCCUAACCCUUCUUCCCCAACCCAGUCUUCCCCUUUCACUUCCACCCCAACCUCCCCAUUUCACUUUCAUUCAGUAACCGUCAACAUUUCACAUCAUCUCAUCCGGAGAAAUAUCAGGUGCGGACAUUCCAUUUCUGGAAAUCCUGUGAUCGUAUAGCUUAACGUUUGCAUUUCUUUCCAUUUCUUCAUAGCUCUCUAGCAAGGAAAAGAGUCAAAUUCAGCUGUCUGGCCAAGGAGCAAGUUCUCAGGAUCUACUAUUUAUCCAUUUUCUUUUUCUGUAUAAUAAACCUUGUCUAAUGAUUUACAUUUUUUCCCCCAGCCUCUAAAAGUUUGCCAAAGUGUGGACUCCUAGGGGACAAGUCAUGUCUACUUUGAUGUGUUAGAAGGAAUUUCUUUGACUUCAAAUCAUUGACAUAUCUUUGAUUUAUUUUUUUUCUCUUUGCUGCCUUGGAAUACGGCCCCUACUCUAUUUUAACUGCACACUGGUAGUGAUAUAUUGUGAGUAAAACGGGUUCCCAGCAGCCCGGAGUCCAGUUCCCCCUGUCUUUCUCUAGAAGCGAUACUCUUUUAAUUUUCUGUACAGUUUUAGUUUCCUUUUUACUUUUGGUAUUUAUGUUGCAUGUAGCAGUGACAUCAUGCCACAACUCCUUCAUCUCCCAAUGCAGUCUACAGAGUAGCCUGGAGCCGGAGAGUCCACAGGGAACCUGCUCUCCAUCCAUCCACCCCAGUCCCCAGGCUCUGGUCAGCUUUGGGCACUGUCUUAUUUUUCCAUUUGAAAAUAAGACCUUGACAACAGUGUGUUUCUCUUGAAGGCCUUGUCUCAGGACUUUUAAGGGACACUGAUUAGACUGAAGUAAUUACCACUGUAGCUCUAGAUGCUUCAUCAGCUGGGGUAAUUGUCAUGCUUGCCUUUGAUAAAUUAUACUUGGUCUCCUUUGCUAUUAAGCUUGAAUUCCUUUCCUAAAGGAAACACAUUUGCCGCAUAUAUAGUCCCAUGUUGUCAUACAUAUAUGUAUACACAAUAUCUACCAUGAUGUAAAAAUGCAUAUUUUUCCAUAUAAGAGUAGAGAGAUUCCAUAGAGUGAUGUGUUUAUUGCAGUAUAUGCCUCUCUGUAUGAGAAGUGCUUGCUAGAUAAUUAAUUGGUUACUCAACUUUGGGACUGUAAGUAUCUCAAUUGUCUUACCAGAGACAAGCAUUUGCACAGUGGUAAUUAUUUUCUGCAGUCUAUGAAGUUCCCUUGCUUUACAAUAAAGUUUUUCUUUUAGUCAGUACUCAGUAGGAUACACCCAGUUCCUUUAUGAGUGUUAGUCAGACAUCUUGGAAGAUACAUUUACCUAUUUAAGGCAGAAAAGCUGACUGAGGUGAACAUUCCAUUUCAGCAAUGAGCUAUGUCUAAGUCUGAACAAGUCAAUGUAAGUGUCUGAGCCUCUAACUUACUCAAGGAAUAGGAUGCCCUCUCACUCAACAAAAUGUGGCCAUUGAGGAGGAGCUUUUAAGGCCAGCAUUGAGCUUUGGGUCUUUAAUCAUGUUUGUAAGACUCUACUGAAAAGGAGACCCAGUCUGUGGCACAGUUCAGUCCAAUGACUCUGGAAUUUGGAGAAGAUGUUUCAAAUUCAGUCCUCUCAUUCCUUUGCAGAAAAAGAGGCAAGUUGAUUAUCUGAUUUGGGUUAAUCAUCAGUGUUUGCAUGGUAUCAAUUGCUCACUUUAAAAACAAAACACAAUGAUGAUCUUCUUCAAUUCAAUGCGCAAUCUUGCCAAAAUUGACUCUGUGGCUUUCUUCAUUGACAGAAUCCUUUAACACACGGCUAGAGGGCAUGGCCCACUUUCACACCUGCAGAGUUUCCUACUAAAUUGAACACUCCUUCAGAAUUGGAGAGAAAAUAUGAUGUCAAACAACCAGCAACUCUAGUGCCAAAUACUUCUGCCUUCCUCAGCCACAAUAUGGUCAUUGAGGGCAGAAUCAACUAGCUCAGCAUGCUCUGUGCUGCCAACAUUAACUAGCUUUUUCUUUCUCCUCUGUUUUUGGAAAACCACCUGGAAGACCUUCCUUCUUACUCCAGAAGGUAAUGGGAGGAAUUUUACUAAGUGAAGAUGUCGAUCCUCAUUUAUAAGACUUGAAAGAAGAUUCUCUGAUUCCCUGUGCCACAUCAAAGGCCUCACCUUAAAUCCUGGUGGACUUUUUCUUCCGUGGAUUUUUGUAUUAGUAAUGUUAGUUGCUUCAGAGCACAUGAAGAGUAGCUCCAGGGUUUAUGCUUGGAAAUAAGCCUCCUUCAUUGGACUGAUUUUGAAAGCGAGGUUGUGACCUGAAAAGUAUCUAUUAAUUGAAUGGCAGAUGUUUUUUUCUUCCAUCCCAGUCUUCCCUUGAAUUUACUCCAUUUGAAAUCUAAAAUAUUUUUCCCCAGCAGUUGGAAUACUCCACCUGGGCUCCUCAAUCCAGCACUGCUUUUUCCUGCCCCUUCCAAUCCAUCCUGGAAAUUAAGAUUCUGCAAUUGGAAAUUGGCUGACAAUUUGGUUGCUGAUGCAGGAGGCAGAUGGUGCUGAGGAUAGGAUGGAAUCCAAUUCUUUCUUUCAUUCCAGGCUUGGCUCAGAAAGGCCAGCCAGCAGAGAACCUGAGUUUGACAGCCGAUUAUCCAUUUGACUCAAGGAAAGAGUAGUAACUGAGCUGCGUCUUCGGCAGCCCCUUUCCAACAGGUUUCUGGUCUCAUUCUUACAGCAGCCUUUGAGAAUACAGGAAAAGUUGUCCAAGAACACCUCUGAGAAAUCUUUUUGUUUUAAACACUCAGGAGUAAACAUAGUUUUGACGAUGUCCAUUAGGAAAAUACUUUUAUUUUAUCUCUGUAAAUAGUACUAGGAAGUCAUAAUGGAAAUAUUGGCUGGAUAUCCACUUCACUGUGGUGAAGAAAAGCACAUAAAAGCUUUUUCUCAAAUUGCGAAACUUCUAGGACCUAGGUCUUUGGGGAAGGUGAGACCCAGGGUCAAAUUCUUAGCAACCACAUAACCUCAUGGACUCUGUGCCCUGGUCUAAUAACAAGAACCUUAUGAUGUGGCCAGAGGGUAAACUGAGUCCCUAGAGCCUUGUAUUUCUGCUUUCCUAGAGUUAAGUUUGCCUAUGGGGGCAAUUAAUUGAGCAUGAAAUUUCAAGAGCCCUAAGAUGGAAUGAAAGUAGCUUCGGUGUUCACACUUGCCAGAGACACACUCUUGUCUGCUCCCAGUCUGAGGAAGCUGCAGCAGGGCUUUGAAAGAAGACCCUGUCUGUUGCCACUGAAAUAGUCCUACUGUGCUGGCUGUGGCUGCAGACCCUAGGCUCAUCUCCUAGGACCUCUCACCCUUUCAUUUCCCCUACCCCUAAUCAUCUGCUGUGGAUCGUGAGAAGCCAUUGAAUUGAAAUGACACGGCACAUAUUUCAAUUCUUAGAGACAGCAGGGCCCUCUUUCUGCUCCUUUUGGAGAAAAGCUAGUUCCAAUUGUCAGUGAACUAGCUGCUCUUCCACAUAGAUCCACUAGAUGUCCUCAUAGAUCUACUUUGUAUUACCAUUGACUUCCCGGGGAAAACCUUGUCUGAGAAUUGGGAUUUGGGAAGGGAACAAUGGGUGACUAUGUAAGAAAGAAAAUUAGCAAACACCAAAGGAGAGAGGAUGUUUUGUGUGGCCAGGGAGUAGAUAAGAAACUUACUUCUGUUUUAAAUAAAUCCUGAAACUUUCAAAGUUGCACUUUGAGACCUAACCUUGGGAACUUAAAGUGGAACUCUUUGUAUCCAAAAUUAACCUUCUAACCUAAAUCAGCUCUAGAAAAGGAAACAAUCAUUGAGAAAUGGAAACACAACACCAGCGGCUCUGAAUAUCCAUAACUCACUGAAACAAAACUGAAGGAUUAGGAAGCUGGAGAGAGAUGAGGGUUGGUAAUUUCCAAAUUAGGAGGUCCACGACUUAAUUUAGAUAUAAUUCAGUUUUACAACUUGAGAGUAUAAUUUUACACAGUGUUCAAUUCUUCUGGAACACCUACCACCAGGAAGACAACUCCUGAUCAGCUUUUAGUUAAAGAGCUUUUUCAUGAUUUGUAUAAUGGCCCAGAGGAGAUCUCUUCCUGGCCAGUACUCAUAUCCUUCAAGCCUGAUGAAUCAAUCACUCCACCACAUGGGAGGUCUUACCUUUUAAGAAAGUGGACCCAGAAGUCUCUAGGUGAAGACACCUGACAGGGAGUCAAUGGAAAUGGACUAUGCCAGCAGUAGCGAAAAAGAGCCACCCUCCCAGUUGGUGGCACCUUGAUCUAAACAUUCUGAUUCAUGAAGGUUUGUCAACGUGUGGGGCUCAUUCGUUUUUAGCUGUUUCUGUCUUGUCUUUGAGCCUCUCAUUGAUCAUUCUUGCUGAUUUUUUUUUUUUGUGUGUGUGUGUGGUGGUACUUGUUUGUCUUUUGAGAUUUAUAUUUUGCAUUUGGUGUGAGUGUAAAAAUGACUGGGAAGGAAUGACGAGUAAUAGCAUGUUUUCUUUUUUAUGCAUAUGCUGCUUUCGAAUGUGACUGCUUAUAAUUAACAGUUAAUCUUCUUAUAGCAAAUGGUUUUUUGCUGCUUCGAUGACCAGUUUCAGUCUGUUCCUGCAUGCUAACAAUAAAAAAUUUUAGAACAAUGCAUGAUCACCAGAAAUAACAGUUGCAAACAGUCCCUGAGAGCCACUGGUUUGUCGCUGUGUUUCCUCCUGAACUUCUAUCAAGUAGGAGGUUUACAUCACCUAUUCUGAUCCAUUUGCCUCUGAAAAAAAUAGUUUCAAAAGUUAUUUCAUCCCCAUCAUCCCUCCCCUUAUCCUUAUAGAUGGUAUAUUUAUAAGAUCUUUCUCUCCCCGUAAAUGUGUCAUAUUCUAUUAUUGUAUAUAAGCCCAAAACGGCACUAUGGAAAUGAGAACCAGGGACUGUUGCUAAUGAGAAGCACAGAAUUCCAGAGUUUGAUGGGCUUCUCUUCUGCUACAGCAUUUGAUUUAAAAAAUUGUUUUUCAAAACGAUUUAUCUGCAGCGAAACAAAAAAUCAUUCUUGUUUUCCUCUUCUGUGUAAAUAACAAAUCAAUAUUUCCAGUAAAAGAACUAAGAAGGAGAAAACAAGGGAGUGUCUGCAGGUUGUAUGCCAGAUCCGGAUGCAUUUAAGAUAAAUUUAUGUUCAUGACUUUAACUGAAGACUUUUUUCCCUUUCUUGACUUUAGCCAUUGCUGUUUCUUUGGGAUGUCUGGGCAUUCACACCAUGCCUUCUAAAUUCCUCUGAUUCAAAUGCUAUAGUGGAACUUUUUUUUUUUUUUUUUUUUUUUUUUUUUGGUAAAAGCUAAAGCUCAAAGGAAUGAUAUACCACUAUCGAACAGGGCUGGGGCUGCAUGAUGAUCUGAACAACAGACUAGCUAGGACACUAAAAGAACAUGUCACUAAAAAUGUGAGCCAAGUUUACAAGAAUGGAGUUGCUGCUGAAGAGAUCUCUCAUUCAUCUCCCCCAGUGCCUGUUCUUCACAAUCAUAACGUUACCCUUGCUUGACAAAUAUACUGUAUGGCAAGUCAUAAAGGUCUUAGAACAGGACUUGACCCAUUUGAGAGAUUUAAAACCCCUCUUCCUGGUGACUGUAACAUUCAAAGAGGGCAAAACCACAGCCAUAUUUUAAAAUAAGAGUGCAACCAUUCUCUCCAAAGAAAAAGAAAGAGGCGGGGGGAAACGACCUUUCAAAAUGGAAGGUGUGGAUGCAGGAGAAACACCUCCUCAGUUUAGUUUCACUGUUUGGCGGUUGUGCUUAGAAUAAAUAUGAAUUCUUCUCCCACCUCGUGAGAGAAGCAGGCCAGUUCAUGCUAAGUGAUAAGCAAACAUGUUUGCCUGUUGUAGCAUCAAAAUGAGGUACAAAAACCUUCUCUUGUACUGAAAUAUAAAUUGGCUUGAAUGGCAAAGGGGAAGGGCAUUGGAAACUACGAUGCUGACUUCCAGCAACUUUUAUAGGUUACCACGCAGUUUGGAUCCCCAGGCAGUGCAGAACCUACCAUACCAGCUUUAGAAGAGCUAUCAAUGCUGCAUGCAAAUUGCAUUAAGAUAUUUCACACGAAACCCAUUCUUUUAUUUCAUGUUCUAUCAUUUUUAAUUGAUUUUGGCCAAUAUUUUCUGUAUAUAUAUAUAAAAAAGAAUAUGAUUAUCCACUAGCCUGAUUGCUUCCUGAAUUUCUGUUGGGUGGGGAGAGAAAGGCAGAUGCGAUAUUCAGAUCCUCUCAGCUUUAAGCAGAAAAAUACACCCAUGAGUAGCUAAAUGCAUUCCAAUAGAGCAACAUCUCGUAUGCUUUUGGUGAUUUCUUAUUUGUGAGCUGCCUUUAAUGUGAAAUCUGCAACAUUAGUCUUGAGUAGCUGCAUUUCUUAUAUGGACAGAUUUGGAUAUUUGUUCUGUCAAGAGUAAAUUUAAAUUCCUGUAGCCAUCAUGUAAGCUCACUCUCAGGAAGUUCAGCAAAGGCAUCCUCAGAUCCUAUGUUAACACGUAAUCGUUUACCAUCUAAUUUGAUGAAAGCUUGUCCCAGCCUCUGCCUAAUGCCCAGAAAUGGAUGGAAAUUAGAAAGCCUACAUAUUAGAUGUUUUUGCAUCUUGCGAAGACCAUUUAUUGUGCCAAAUAAGCAAUUAAUUUAAUUGAUUGGCAGUGUGUAUAUUUUGUCCUCCUGCAUCAAUCGUAUCAGGGGAAAAGUGUUGUUACAUUUUUUGCUGUCUGUAAUUUGCUCUUCUUCCCAUUCAAGAACCCGAGUGUAUUCAGCCAUGCCCUUUUCCUGUGGUCACCGCUUUACUUAGGGAAGGAAAAUCAUGUGCAACAGCCUUGGGGGACGAUAAAGGCAAUUUAUAUUUUCGCUGCUUUUUUGAUGUACAACCAAACUGUUACCAACAAUCACUCUGCAUUUUUUUCUGGGUCAAGACUGUUAAAGUGAACUAAGACCUGUGUUAAAUCCCUUCAGCUCCCUUCCAGCUGCCUUGCUGUGUGUGACCUUGCCAUUAACUGCCGCUCUUCCUCUCCUCCAUCCAACCACACGGUUAUAGCCAAGAUGUCCAUCUACAAGAGAAUGAGACGGGCAUGUUGUUUUGAUUGCGGACGUUCUGAGCGUGACUGCUCGUGCAUGUCAGGCCGUGUGCGUGGUAACGUGGACACCCUUGAGAGAGCCUUCCCACUUUCUUCUGUCUCUGUUAAUGAUUGCUCCACCAGUUUCCGUGCCUUUGAAGAUGAGCAGCCGUCAACACUAUCACCAAAAAAAAAGCAACGGAACGGAGGCAUGCGGAACUCACCCAACACCUCGCCUAAGCUGAUGAGGCAUGACCCCUUGUUAAUUCCUGGCAAUGAUCAGAUUGACAACAUGGACUCCAAUGUGAAGAAGUACGACUCUACUGGGAUGUUUCAUUGGUGUGCGCCCAAGGAUAUAGAGAAAGUCAUCCUGACUCGAAGUGAGGCCGCCAUGACUGUCCUGAGUGGCCAUGUCGUGGUCUGUAUCUUUGGUGAUGUCAGCUCAGCCCUGAUCGGCCUCCGGAACCUGGUGAUGCCGCUCCGUGCCAGCAACUUUCAUUACCACGAGCUCAAGCACAUUGUGUUUGUGGGCUCUAUUGAGUACCUCAAGCGGGAAUGGGAGACGCUUCAUAACUUCCCCAAAGUGUCCAUAUUGCCUGGUACGCCAUUAAGUCGGGCUGAUUUAAGGGCUGUCAACAUCAACCUCUGUGACAUGUGCGUUAUCCUGUCAGCCAAUCAGAAUAAUAUUGAUGAUACUUCGCUGCAGGACAAGGAAUGCAUCUUGGCGUCACUCAACAUCAAAUCUAUGCAGUUUGAUGACAGCAUCGGGGUCUUGCAGGCUAAUUCCCAAGGGUUCACACCUCCAGGAAUGGAUAGAUCCUCUCCAGAUAACAGCCCAGUGCACGGGAUGUUACGUCAACCGUCCAUCACAACUGGGGUCAACAUCCCCAUCAUCACUGAACUAGCUAAACCGGGCAAGUUGCCUUUGGUUUCAGUCAAUCAGGAAAAAAACAGUGGGACGCACAUUCUAAUGAUAACUGAACUGGUGAACGAUACUAAUGUUCAGUUUUUGGACCAAGAUGAUGAUGAUGACCCCGAUACAGAACUGUACCUCACGCAGCCCUUUGCCUGUGGGACAGCAUUUGCCGUCAGUGUCCUGGACUCUCUCAUGAGCGCGACAUACUUCAAUGACAAUAUCCUUACCCUGAUACGGACCCUGGUGACCGGAGGAGCCACGCCGGAGCUAGAGGCUCUGAUUGCUGAGGAGAAUGCCCUUCGAGGUGGCUACAGCACCCCGCAGACACUGGCCAAUAGGGACCGCUGCCGUGUGGCCCAGUUAGCUCUGCUUGAUGGGCCAUUUGCGGAUUUAGGGGAUGGUGGUUGUUAUGGUGAUCUGUUCUGCAAAGCUCUGAAAACAUAUAAUAUGCUUUGUUUUGGAAUUUACCGGCUGAGAGAUGCCCACCUCAGCACCCCCAGUCAGUGCACAAAGAGGUAUGUCAUCACCAACCCCCCCUACGAGUUUGAGCUCGUGCCGACGGACCUGAUCUUCUGCUUAAUGCAGUUUGACCACAACGCCGGCCAGUCCCGGGCCAGCCUGUCCCAUUCCUCCCACUCCUCGCAGUCCUCCAGCAAGAAGAGCUCCUCUGUUCACUCCAUCCCGUCCACAGCAAACCGACAGAACCGGCCCAAGUCCAGGGAGUCCCGGGACAAACAGAAUGCGACAAGGAUGAAUAGAAUGGGCCAAGCAGAAAAGAAAUGGUUUACAGAUGAACCGGAUAAUGCCUAUCCCAGAAACAUUCAAAUCAAGCCCAUGAGUACCCACAUGGCUAACCAGAUCAACCAAUAUAAAUCCACAAGCAGCUUGAUUCCACCAAUCAGAGAAGUUGAAGAUGAAUGUUGACUCCCAGGAGACCAGAACUAUUUUUUUAAAGCCUGACCAACUUCAUAAAUGGUGACGUGACUUUUCUUCUUACAUGCUGAAUCACUGGUGGAAACGUUAGGAUAAGCAAGAAUUGCCAGAAAAAAAAGUAGACAGAUCUUUCUCUUUGUCUGCCUUGAAUAUUGCUUCCAUGUAUUUUGGAAAAGAAAAUGAUUUCAUUUAUAAAUGAACAUACUAAAAUAGUCAUGUAUAGCCUCUAGCAUUUUAAAUUAUUUUUAUUUAUUAGAAAGAAAAUAUAUUUUUCCUUUCUUUUCAUUGUCAAAUAUCUUCCCUAUAUCUAAAUAAUGCAAAAUCUAAAUGAGUAAGUGGCCAGACUCCUUAAUGCGUUUUUCUCUUCUUUCUCUCUUUUUCUUUGAGGAGAAUGAUGGUCACCACCACAAUUAAUUGUAAUUACAGGAAAUGAAUUAUUAAAACAAUUUUAAAAUGGCCAAUGAUGUAUACAUGUAUUUUAGUAAAUCCAAAAAGGAAGACUAAGGGAUCAGGUGAAUACCUGCUCCUUGCCUGGAUGGGUGUGUAUUUUGAUCUGCAUUUACACCAGCUCUUAAUAAAUGGAAACUUACUUAUUUUCACAGUUGAAAGUCAUAUUUUUGUGGUUUCAGUUUUCAUUCUGUAGUUCUCACCCCUUUGUUCAUAGUUUUAAAGGGAAGUCCUUCUUGCUGCUUUUCUACAAUUGGCAGGCUUGUCUGGCAAGCUAAGGACACCAGGAGGGUUGUGGGCACACCUGGAAUGUGGAAGCUGAGGGCCAGAUGCACACAGGCAUUGCUCUGUUUCCUGUUCUAGUGGUGGGGACUCUACAUGCUGUUAUGCUUCUCAUUUCGUAUUUCCAAGCCACCUGAGCGAGUAAUGUCAACUUCAGGAGGGUCUGGUGGACUUUCUCCCCACUCCCCAAGUCUCAGAGCUUUUAGCCUGGAAGUUUAUAAAACUGAUCCAUAGUUUUACUUUACCAUAGGAUAUGAGAGGGCAUUCAUUCUUCUCACUGAGUUUUUGUUUAAAAGCCAGGACAUUUCUAUACCCAUGGAGACAGAUUUUACUUUGCAUGCUCUCCUUUAUUUAGUUGCUGGGGCCAAACACAUGAACUUAUUACAACAAUUUAAAAAACAAUAACAAAAGGAAAGCAAUGAAUGCACUUCAUAUAGACUGUUAGAAAAGGCCUUUGAAAAUUACCAGCAGUGAAAUCAAAUAUAUCAGCCACUUUAAACUGGGGUCAAAAGAUUUUUCUAGCCAUCCGAUGCAAUUACUAUGUCUCAGAGCUCUGCUGUCACUUGCGUGCUCAGUGUACAGUCUCCUGGCAACUGUUUUGCUCCAAUCAACUUAGCAAGUCUUUCAACUUUAAAAUUCUCAGUCUUUGAUAUGAUCAUCAAGGUCUCUGGAGAAGCAUGAAUGUGAUAGUGAUUUCUAUUUUCUUCAAAAAUGUAAACUGUGGACGCUUAAAGGAUCCAAGCUAACUAAAGUAUCCCCCCAAAGUUUCGUGAUAUCUAGUCCAUUAACUCUUUGGGCCAUGACCUGUGGUACCUAGUUAAGGUAGUGCAAAUCAGAUCAGAGCAAAGCAAUGAGAUCACCAUGAAGACAUACGUCCACUAAGUACUCCAAUUACCAACGUAGGCAAAAUGAGCUUCCACCUCUGUCCACUCCCUGCAGAGCCAAUAUAGUCGUGCUUCCACCUCGUAGGCAUUGUCCUGCAGUGACUUGUCGGACUGUGGUUACUCUGUCGUCACAUUUUGUAGAAUUAGUUCUAUAAAAGUAUUGUGAAUAUAAUGUAUGUCCAAUUGGAUUGUUUAAAAACUACUUAUAAUUAAUCACUAGCCUACUCAGCAGACUAAAAUGACGUCAACAGUCUAUAUUCAGGCUUAUAAACAUUUCUUGGUUUCCAACAGAAGUCAAAUGUGUUUGUGGGGAGAACCUCUUGCUAGGAUUUUGACAACUUUCCUGAAAGCUAGGCCUUCUUUUACAUAAUGAUUUUGCAUUGGGGUCACCUUAGUAUAUUCAUGUCAAUCCACGCUCUUCUUUCCUUCAUGAACCAUAAUGGGCUCUUCACUCCUGUUCCUAAUAACAUACCUUCGAAUUUGUUUGAGCAAUUUGGUCUCCUCUGGAAGGCUGUGGUGGCCACAUAAGGGAUCUUCCAUUAGAGGGACACAAGACACAAAGCCCCAUUCCCAGUAUCCUCUCUUCCCUGUGUCUCCCCUACCAAAGCAAUCUGGAAGCAGAAAUGUAAACUCCAACCCCAUCACACAUCCAUUGAUGCAUUUGCGGCUAGAGAUUUGAAUUUAAACUUUUUUAAAAAAAUCAUAAUAGGUAGGAUCGUUUCCUACAGUAAAGGGCUCCUUGAUUCAUAAGCACCCCCCCAAAAAAAUUGGUAGAAAUUCAUUUUCUUUUAAGUAGAGCAAUAAGUUCAUACUGUGUUGCCUUUGUAAUAACAAAUUGUACUGGACUAGAAAGCAAAAUGAGGCAUUUUGUUAAGGUGGUAGGAAAAUGACUGGUUGGUGGGCCCUUUGGCAAAAGCUGAUGCCUGGUAAGUAGAAACCGAAAUGGAGACAUAAAUAAAAUUUGUGAAAUCACUGGAGGGCUCAAGCACAUGCCGGAGCUUCUUCCUAACUUGUUCCUACUCGUUGAGCACUUUGGCCCUGAGUCCCCUCCAUCUCCACUGCAACAGUCUGUCUUUCAGCCUCCAUCUACCUGAGACCAAGGAGGGUCUUCCUUGGCAUUGUCCAUAUUAUGAGGCUCUGAUUUCCCAUCCCAGUUUAGGGCUCCAGAAAAGCCAUUUUCCCAAACUAAUGAUUCUUGGGUGCUGUGGGAAUCAAAGACUCACCAACAGCAUGUUUAAAAAGCAGAAAAUGUCAUCACCAUCAUCACCUUUCUCCUUGAGAAAACUUAUAUUUUUGUCUAAGCAAAUUUGUAUUUUAGAAUAUCAUCUUGAACCAUUUAAAAAAACACCUUAAAUAAAAGUGACCGUGACUAAGGCACAUUCCAAAACUCUUUCCUCCCAAGCGUUCUGGCACCUUAUUAUGUACUUUGUAAAAAAAUUAAUUGACAGCUUUAAAUAGGAAAUUAGAAGCAUUUGUUAGGGUUGGAUAAAGGAAAAGUGAGAAAGCUUAAGAAAUUUGGGGUAUUUUCAUGUUGAAAGGAGAAAAGGUACAAGUUCCCUAGUUACCGUUUAAUAUGAGAGUUCAAGAGCCACAUUUACAAACAACUAUGAACUUUGAAAAUGUUUUUAAAACCUUCUGAGUCGUGGUGAUUUUAUUUGUAAAUGACUCAUUCAGAUGACUCUAAAGCCCCUUUCAGGUCCCAGGGGACACGAUCUAAGUUAGGAGUGGGAACAUGGGAGUGGCUGCCUCUCCUUGGCGAAGGCCUUGGAGACUAUUGUGUCCAGGGCUGGAAGAAUGGUCCUUUUUGCUGCAUCACCCAGGCAAAACUCCUGGCCUUAUUCAGGAGUAGUGAACAUUUAUUUUCUGCUCUGGACAUAGAAUAGUUAGGUUCAUUCCUGUGCUUUUCAUGUUAGAGUACCUUUAGGUUCAAGAUGCAAAUUUCACAAUUCAGACACACUUGAAUCACAUUGGUCAAAUUUCACUAUCUGUUUCUAGGAUUUUCUUCUCAAUUUCAACACCACCUUCACUUUUUUUUUUUUUUUUUUUUUUUCCAAGGCCCAGCCUCAGUUAAUUCCUUCAUCUCUAUUCCAUGUCUCCAAUUCCUAGUGUGUAAUUAGGGGGUCAAGAGACCCCAAAUUCCUGCCAUUUUCCCCAUGUGCAUCUGGCCUUCAGGAAGUAACCAGUCUUGCUUCCCAUGUCAUUUCCUAUUCUCUGUUUAUUUGGUUGUUUUCUUUCGUUAAUAAAUUAACCAUCUCUUAACUACUUACAUACAUAAAUGUAACUUUAAUCCAUUGAAUUUUAUUGUUAAGGAGAACCUCACUGAAGGAAGGAAGGGCAAAUUUGAAGAAUAAAGGUCAGAAGGGUGAGAAACAAAGACUAUCCAACCAACUGACUGAGAUGUGAUCACCUUGACUCCUAGGAAACUAAGUAGAUGCAUUCAGCUUAACCACUGAGUUCCAGGGCAGAAUCUGUCCAUUUUUUGUUUUCUUCUUACUUGCUGCUUUUGGAACGGUGGUAAAGCCACCAGUCAACGUGACACUUGAAAGGGCCUUCACUAAGUAGGACUUGAUUCAUCCUCUUUAAAAAGCAAAAAAAACAGAAUUUACUUAAAACCUUCUCGAAAAUUACCUUUCUGCUACUCUCCUUAUUCCCAAAAGGCUUUUUUUUUUUUUUUUGGUAUUCAGUGCGGAUGAUUUAGCAUGUAAAUCCCAUAAUCAAUUGAGGAGGUGAUGAGGCUAUUUGGAUUUAUUUAUGUGAUAGUAGUAAUUAGGAAUGAUUCCUAGCAGUUUGUACUAGUUUGAUCAUAUUGGUUGUUUAAGUGGAGUCUCUUCUGAUUGGUUGUUGCCCAUAAAAUAUCUAUCGUGAAUAAUUUCAAGAUUUUCAUUAAAAUAAGGCAACUUGGAAAAUAUUUUAAAUUUUAUUCCUUAAGGGACCACAGACCCUAAUUUUCCAUUUUUAUGUUAAGGUUCCUUAAAACACAAAUAAAAAGAAGCCUAUGUGCCCAAAGACAGAGGCACCUGUAGCCCUACAACAUUUGGAAGCUCCUUGAUAUCAUGGCCCCACAUGGAUAGACUGGAGAAAGGAUUCUGACUUAGACCACCUGCAGCAGACCUUCCUCUUUUGCCAUAUUUUUUUUUAUCUUAAUAAGGACCUGAGACUCCUUAUCUGAAGAUAAGCCAAACUCAUAGUAUACAUUAAGAAUCUGGGAAAA